AUGGAAGAUUCUCGCCUGCUUGGUUGUCCUGUGGAAAUAUGCUGCUCCGUUCUGGAAUAUCUGCCUCGAAAGGACCUUUGCAGUAUUUGCCUUGUUAAUAGCCAUCUGCGCAACCUCGCUGAACAGAUCCUGUAUGCAAAAAUCCUCAUCUCUUCGCGGAACUGGCAAUCCCGAACCCUCACUCGACUGCUGCGCAGCCUGUUACGCCGGCCUCGAUUAGCUACCUACGUCCGUUCGCUGUAUCUGCAUGGAAGUGCCUACUUUAUGCCUUAUGAUGUAGGCAAAUUGCCCCAAAUACGUGUUUCCGGUCCCGAACUGGAGGAGCCUCUGGCGUUUGUUGCGAGCACUACCGUACCAUAUCGCAAGGACUGGUUGAAACAGCUGCGAAACGGGGCAAUAGACGCAUUUGUCGCUGCCUUGCUAUCCCAGCCAAUGCGCCUGAAUUUCCUGCGUAUUGAACAGGCAUUUUUCUUGGACAGCUACCUUAUCGGUAUGGUGUUUCGAUCGAUGUUCUGUGAGCCGCAGUAUUGCGGGCUACAGCUCGACUUCAGUCGUCUAGAGAGUGUGUUCUUAGGGCGUUCUUACUUUAACCUGAACGAAAACAAUACCGCUGAUGUACUUCCCAUGUUUUACUUACCGUCUGUCAAGAAAUUGCUGAUUGAUGUUGAAAACCCCACUACAUUCUCGUGGCCGACGGUACAGCCACCUUCCAAUUCCAGUAUAAGCGUGCUGAACCUGCUCUACGUACGAGAAUGCUUUCUGGGGGAUUUGGUUUCGGUCACAAAGGGGCUUAACAGUCUCGAAUGGGAGUGGAUGUAUACCCCGGAGCUCGAGGAUGAUAAAGUCCAAACACCCAUUAUCGAUCUGAAGCGAAUCAACAAGGCACUGUAUCAUGUUCGCGAGACCCUAACCGAUCUCACUAUCUGGGCUCAAUGCCUGUAUGGCUACCCUCAUGACUGGCCUAUGUGGGAUGACUAUCCUCAGUUGUCUACCAGGGGAACGUUGAGGGUGAUGACCAAACUCGAUAAACUGACAGAACUCACCAUCCCGAUCACGUUCCUCUUGGGGUUUACGCCGCUCUUAAAUAGGCGGAUGAAAGAUGUUUUGCCACCGAAUAUUAAGGAUCUGACUAUGACGGAUGACUUAUGUCUUUUCUGGUAA